GCCACCGUCGCAUCAUCUUUAAACAACAUGGAGUUCGUGUUCGCCGCUUUGGCUUCUUGACAGCUACGUUUGUCUCUUGUUUCACCCUUAACGAUGCCGUUCGGUGUGAAACCGAUGUGCACAACAUGCAAGACUACCGUUUCUUCCAUGUGGCGGAAGAACGAGAAGGGCGACGUCAUAUGCAAUUCUUGCGCGCUGCGCGGACACACGGCGUCGACGGAACCUGAGCAGUCAGCUGCUAAGGAGACGAACGGGAACGGCUGCCCUUUCACGUUGCGCAAAAGUACCAGAGCAAAGAGCUCCAAAUUGAGGCAGCAGCAGCAGCAGGCAAAGACAGCGGCACCUAAAGGAAAAGGUCGUCGGGCAAUUUUCAAAAGAACGCCUUUGAGAGCACCAACUGCUGUGGCAACAUGCGUUACCAGUGAUUACGUGUUUUUUCGGGGCACCUACUACCAGGUGGGGGACAUUGUGGCCCUGAUGGAUGAGAAUGACGACACCUACUAUGCUCAAAUUCGAGGCCUGCUGCAAGACCAGUAUUGCGAGAAAAGUGCAGUCAUCACAUGGCUGCUUCCUACUUCGGAGAGCCCAAUGGACCACUUCGACCCUUCCACCUAUAUUCUGGGACCAGAAGAGGACAUUCCUCGGAAGUUGGACUACAUGGAGUUUGUUUGCCAUGCUCCUUCUGAGUACUACAAGGCCCGCAAGUCGCCGUACCCUCUGCAAAAUCCUCCAGGUCCCGAAUGUGGUUUCAUAUGGACUAGGAUCGGCCCUCAGAUCAGGCCCAUUCCCACCCAGGAGGAAGUGUUUGGAACAGUGUAGGUGAGCUUUUGUGACUGGCGUGUUUGGCUGUGUUGCUGGAGACAUGAGCAAGAUGAUAGAUCUGACUGAACAGUGUUUCAUUAAGUUUUUUUUUUUUUUCUGUGCCCAGUGUUUAAGUGAACGACAUUAUGCUUGAGUGUAUUGUAUCGAAUUUCUGUCUGAGAUGUUCUUUUGUGUGUAGAUGUAACUGCAUUGAACGAGAAAGCCACAGUGGAGUUGCAACAUGAUGAGCCUGUUAUGGUGUAAUAGGGUGCAAAAGGAUAUGAAGUAAUAACAAGAAAAAUCAUCCUGCUGUUA